CGCAGCUAUUCCGAGGGAGAGAGGCAAGGAAGGGGAAAAGUUGAAGUGCGACGGGCAACGCCAGGCUCUCUGCUCCCUCCCUACUUUUCCAAGCUGGCACAGUGCUUAGAGAGGGCGCUCAUCAUGCAGUGUUUAGCAGCGGGGGCUGACAGAACUGCCAGGUAGCAGCAAAGAAAGGUGUUGCGAAGAACCCACUUUCCAAGGAAGACUGGAUCUGGACACCUGGCAUCUGAACAAUUAGUCUCUCUCCGUCUCUCUCUCUGCCUCUCUCUUCCUCUCUCUCUCCUAACCAGCCCCCUCUGAAGCUGGUCUCCCCCUUUCCGGCUUUUCCAGGAGAAUGCUGGCAGUGUUACAAUUGGGGCUCUGGUGCCCAAUCCCGUUGUAAAAUUUCUUCGCCCUUCCUUUCCUUACGGGAUUGUGUGGCUCUCUGGCAUUACCCUGAUGUGACUUUCCAACCCCCUCUCGCUCUGGAAUCAUGGGCAUCUUUUGGGCUUAUGUUGGAUUCCUUUUCUUCACAGUAUUGUACAUCCAGCAAGGACUUUCUUCUCAAGCCAAAUUUACUGAAUUCCCUCAGAAUGUCACAGCUACUGAGGGGCAGAAUGUGGAGAUGUCUUGUGCAUUCCAGAGUGGCUCUGCCUCAGUGUACCUGGAAAUCCAAUGGUGGUUUCUGCGGGCAGCUGAGGACCAAGAAGCUGGAGCUGAGGUGACAGACGCGCAGGUGGAGCUAUUACCAGAGAGAGACUUGGACAAUGAUGGAACAAAGAUAAGCACUGUGAAGGUACAGGGGAAUGACAUUUCCCACAAGCUGCAGAUCUCCAAAGUCAGGAGAAAGGAUGAAGGGUUGUAUGAGUGCAGGGUGACGGAUGCCAAUUAUGGAGACCUUCAGGAGUACAAAGCCCAAGCUUAUCUCAAAGUCAGUGCAAACAGCCAUUCCCGAAGAAUGCAGGCUUUCGAAGCUUCCCCAAUGUGGCUGCAGGAUAAACCUCGCAAGAAUAUCUCAGCUGCCAUCUCUAGCAGCAUCCAUAAUUCUGCCAGUCAACGAAUGCGUCCCACCUCCAUUCCUCCAGCAGAUGCCAAAAUCCCCAAGCAAAGCCCACAAUCAGCAAAGAGCAAAUCGCCUGUAAAAUCUACGGAGCGGACAGCAAAGUUGACCCUAACUUCCAACCACCACCCUGCACCCAAAGUACUCUAACUCUCUACACAAAGGAGCACCUUCUUCAGGAAACACAUACAAAAAAAUAAAAUUAAACUUUAAAGAGAGAGAGAGAGAGAGAGAGAAGAGGCUAGCACCAAGUUUCUUCCUUUCUUUUGAAUCUAUCUUUUUUCUAUUUUCUUUUUCUCUCUUUUGCCUUUUU